GCCAACACGGUGAGUAUUUUUUUUAAUAAUUAGAGAAAACACAGGGUGCUGAAUGCAAUUAACCCUUGACUAAAAAAUUCUUAAGAUUGUUUUUUUCAUCAAAUUAUAGGAUAUCUUGGCAGGCGGGACCGACACUACCAGUACGACAAUCGAAUGGGCAAUGGCCGAGCUAAUGAACAAUCCAGAUGUAAUGAUGAAAGCGCAAAAAGAAUUAUCCGAUGUCGUUGGAUUAAACACCAUGAUUGAAGAGUCCCACACGCCAAAAUUGAAAUACGUGGAAGCAGUUGUGAAAGAAACAUUGCGUUUACAUCCGGCGGUACCUCUACUUGUUCCAAGGUCUCCAGCACAAUCUUCGACUGUCGGGGGAUACACUAUCCCGGAAAAUUCAAAGAUAUUUAUAAAUGUAUGGUCGAUUCAAAGAGAUCCUUCGAUUUGGGAUAAUCCAUUGGAAUUUAGGCCGGAGAGAUUCCUUGAUGAUGAUGAUGAGAAUAACGAGAGAUGCGAUUUUAAAGGUAACUAUUUUCAUUAUCUUCCGUUUGGAUCCGGAAGAAGGGUGUGUGCCGGUGUUCCGCUUGCGGAGAGAAUGUUGACUUAUUUGUUGGCUUCGCUUUUGCAUUCUUUCGACUGGAAAUUACCGCUAGGGGAAAAAAUUGAUAUGUCGGAGACAUUUGUGAUAGCGUUGAGGAGAACUAAACCAUUGUUUGGUAUUCCUAGUCCGAGGCUAGUUAAUUCAAACUUAUACAUGUAAUUCCAUGUAGUGGCGGAAACAAGAUUUUAUGUUUCUCAUGAUUUUGUGUUUAGAUUUCAAUAAUUUUCAUAAGAAAAAUAAAUUGAGUGGGAGGCUUAUUCAACUCUUGCAAACAUCUGU